GUCAAUGUAAGCAAUCAUGGCGGCAACGAGUGUCACAGGUGUUCCUGAUUAUUAUGAACGGCAAGGGUCUUUGUUCCUUCGCUCUGACCAUAUGAACUAUGGAAGAGCAACUCUAAAUUCAAACUGGCAUCAGGCAAGGGAAGCAGAACCAAAAGAUUAUGAUCUCAGUCAGAAUGACCACAGAGACCUUGGAAAAGCAACAUAUAAGAGAAUUGGAAAUGUUACAGAUGGGAAUUUACCAAGUACCACAUACCAGGAGUUUGCUAAUCAGACAAACCUGAAAAAGGACUUUGCAGAGCAGGAAGUUCGGAAGCCAAUGGUUAACUUGGAUACACUGGACCAUGUUGAUAUAGAGAGGGAGAUAGGAGCUCCUAAGCAUGGGUUUGGAUCAGUACUGCCCCGUCACAACCCUGACUACAACAAGCACUACCUAGACACCACUCACAGAUCUGACUUCAAACCCCCAAACCCCAACUAUGUGCCAGUACCAGAAUGCCCGCCCGAUUUUGAGGACAAGUCAGCUGCUUACAGAAAAUGCCUGUCCCAGUUUACAGACACAGCAAACCACAGGCGACCGGGACGUAACACCUGGCAGGACGAGUCAGGAAUAUAUACCAACACCCACUACAAACAGGAAGUCUUCAAGCCCACCGAAACCAUCCCACCACAACUUAGUUGAAACCAUGGAAAUGACAAAUCACAUCUAUUAGAAAAAGUGUUAAAAAGGAAUUUAUUAUAUAUAAAAAAAUAUAUGGGUAUAUUUUUUUCUAUUAACAUUUUGAUAUUAAUUUUAGAAAUAAAACCGAAUCAAUAAAACCGAAUCAAUGCGAGAUUGUUGUAGCAUUUUAAUGUUGGCUGAAAAUUAAUGUUAUUUUAGUGAUAUUUGAAUUGGAUCUACAACAUCAUGCUUGAUGUUUGCUUUACCUCCUGCUUCUAUUAUUGAUCAACUAUGCAAAUAGGAAGCAAUUUUCUUGUUAGAAGUUUUAGACAAACAUAUUAGGUAUUUUAGAAAAUAAGUCACACAAGUGCCUAAUGGUUUGUGUUUUACAUAUAUCAUUGUUAAUGGAGUGGUUUAUAUGGAUAUUGUACCCAGAUCUUGUUUAAGAUGGGAGAACCAUGAUUUUACAUCGUAGUAGUAUCAUGAAAAUCAGCAUUAAUCAUGUUAGGUAUUAUAUAAAUAUUCAUAUUGUUGUGAUAUUCAAGGUUUACUUGCGAUUGUCUGUGAUAAGGUUUUGAGGUUGUACACUUGUCAGAUGAUUCAAAUGAUUGUUGAAUCUGUUUUUACCGUGUUUGGCACUUUUAAGCUUGUACUUUACUCUCAUCUUUACUUGCAAAAUGUUUGAUAUUUUAACUACAAAGUCUUAAUAUCUUCUGAAGCUAUUAUGAGUAUCAAUAAUGGUCAUAUCUUUUUUAAAGAUGUUUCAAUCCAGAACAGUAUUUAUGUUUUAUAACUUUGUUAUUUAUAAUUAGUGGAAUUCAUUGAAUUUGAAAUUUAUGCUUCAAUUUUUAUGAUUUAAUUCCUCGUUGAUACACCUCCUAUAUCUUGUAAUGUGUUGUCUUAAUCUGAUUUGUUGAACUAUUACUGUUUUGAAAGAUGUUUCAAUAUUAAAAAAUAAAAUAA